AUGAGCAAUUUAUCUUCCGAUGAUUAUUAUGAAAACCUUGGUGUAUCACGAACAGCAACUGCACAAGAGAUCAAGACGGCCUACCGCAAACUUGCCGUCAAGUAUCAUCCAGAUAAAAAUCCAUUGGACAAACUCACGGCCGAAGCUAAUUUUAAGAUUGUAGGCGAGGCUUACAAUGUCUUGUCCAACGACGACACGCGCAAGAUUUAUGACAUUUAUGGCAAGGAGGGACUUGAGGACGGUGCACAGCCGAUGACCAGAGAGCGUGCGAUGGAAAUAUUUGAAGACUUUUUUCGCUAUGGCGAAGCAAUGGACCCAGAAGCCCCUGACCGGUCAAAAGGGUUCAAGCGUGCAGCAGGUGGGGCAGUGUAUGCACCUGCCAAGGGCCUUCUUUACGGUGGCAAGUCGAUUGUGGGCGGUGUGAUCAUGGGAACUGCCGCGAUUGUGGCAGGAACUGGCGCCAUGGUUGUUAACAUGGCCUCGGGCAUUAAAGAAAUGGGUGAAGCUGGAGUCCAUGCUGCUCGCAAGCGUAGGGAUAGCAGGCAAGCUAGCGACAGUGAAUUUGAAGUUCCUGUUGGUACGGGCGUGGACGGCUCUGCUGAUAGUAAUAAACUUGAGAGAGAAUCAAAUGGAGCAAUCGAGGUCGCCAACCAGAAGCCUACUCCUACCUUUAUGGGAGGAUUGAAGAAGGCGACGAUUGGCGCUGUUGCAGCUCCUGUCGCAGCGAUCGUGACUGGAAGUGGUGUGCUGCUCGCAAGCGGUGUCGCGGCCGGUGGCUACGUGGUCGGCGGUUUUGCUGGUGCGGCGACGAACGUUGCGAGUGGGGUACGUGAGGUGAAGGCUGCAAAUAAGAUGGAGAGGAAGCGACGUGCUUCUAGUGCUGCAAGCACCCGCGAUUCCUCAGCUUCCACAAAGAGCUCACCGGCGUCGACUGCAUCCUCGGCAAAAGCGGUACCUACGGCAGACGAAGUAUCGGAAGCAGCCCAGACCGCGUAG